AUGGCCCAGAAAGCCGCCAAAACCCUGGCGACCCGCAAUGGCGCUAUCCUCAACCGCACUCACCUGAUAUCGGCGGCAUUGCACCUGCUCUUCCUCGUGCUGCACUUCAUGUUCCAACGGCCUCGUUCCUUGAAGCCAUACUUCUUCUUGGCUGUUCCCACUUUUGCCAUUGAGUAUUAUCUUGACCGUGUGGGCCGGCCUCGUUACAACGAGGAUGGUUCCUUGCGCUCCGCUGGCGAGGAUCUCAAUGCCACCGGUCUGACCGAGUACAUGUGGGAUGUACUUUACUGGACCCAGGGCUGCAUCUUUGCUGCCUGUCUCUUCAAUGACCGGGCUUGGUGGUUGUGGGUCGUGAUUCCUUUGUAUUCCGUCUACGCCGCCUAUACCACCGUCAUGGGCGUGAAGAAGGGAUUCACCGGAAUGGGUGGUGGCGGCGAAGAAGCUCAGAGUGAGGCUCCUAAGAGUAAGACGCAGUUGAAGAAGGAAAAGAGGGGUUCGACUAUGAAGUACAGGUGA